AUGCGGAUUCUCAAAGUCCUCGCCAUCUCUACCCUGGUCACAACCUCGGCUGCCGGUCCAAUCGCGUACCGCAUAUGCCAGGCUGGAUGUGCUGGCGUCGUCAUGGCGUGCUAUGCAGCUGCCGGCGCCACAUGGGGAGCAACGGCUGCUGCUUCAGCUCCUGUAACGGUCCUAGCUUGCAACUCCGCCUUUGGGACGUGUCAAGCAGCUUACUGGGUUGCAGCCACUCUCCCUUGUUUUUAA